GUUAAUAAUUAUUAAAAAUAUUAAUGAAUCAAGCUUCUAGAAACCCGCCUAAAAGAAAAGAGAAACACUUUUGGUCAUUGAGAGAUGCCCAGGCUGAAUAUUGGACCAGUUUGGCUCAAAAAUCACAGGAAACCUCCCAAGAUUCCUCCUUGAUGAAGGAAAAGGAGUUUAAUAACCUUCACGAAGAAAGCGUUGAAUCAGAAGAUUAUGAAAAUGUAUGUAAACCUGAUUGUAGUAACCAAAAGGGUAAACUUAAUCAUACUUCCUUACAAGGAGAAGAACUCAUCAGAUCAACUUUGUUAGAGCCUAAUGCUCAAGAAUCUCCUUCCAAACAAUUGACAGAUGAUAAGAAUCUGCCAGCUAAUUGAAGAAAAUUUAAUUUAUGCAAGGCCAGAAACGAAGGAAGACUCAUGAAAAAUAUAACUAAACCUACUUCCAAACUAUCUGGGAAGGAGGUUCAUGCCUCUAAAAUAGUUGAAGAUAAGCCGGAGGAUCAAGGUAACAGAGAUAAUAGGACUUGUUGAAAUUAUCACGAAAAUAAUGUUAAUCGUGAAUCAGCCGUUAACAAAAGUGCUAACAUUGAUUGUUCCGACUACAAGUAUCAAGAAGUAUGUAAACCUAACAAAUAUUUGGCUAAAGAGAUGAAACAGCUACCUUCAGAAGCUGCUGCAAGAAAUAACCAUCAAGAAGACUAUGAUAGUAUACACUCUUCACCUAGAUAUGAAGGUAGUAUUAUUCAUUUGAAAAAUUCUUUUUGUUCGAAGAGACAAAUCUUAAAUAAAAAGGAGUGUAAACCAACGAGUAAGAGCCUUCUAAACCAGACUGGUCAGGAAGAGCCUUCCAAAGAAGCUUUAGAGCUCCAGAGGCAGAACAAGUUUAUUGAAAAUCUCAAGAAAUCUCUAUUUGAAUUUGAAAACUCAGAUAUCAGGGAGAAUAACUUUCAGCCUUCUGAAUAUUCUGGUGACUCAUCCAUUUGUGAAAUGAAUCCAAAAAUUCAAACUCGUAGAUGUUUAGAAAAGGAUGAAAAUCAUAGUGACGAAUCCUCAGCUGAAAUUUAUGAACAAUCCAAUAAGCUUCAAAAUUUGGAGAGUUUGUAUAUUAAAAAUCAUAAAAGAAGCUUAUCUGAAUGUGAUCAAUCUCGAAAUUAUCCAAAUCAGGUUACUUUUGUAGCAAAUAAGGCAUCACCAUCUGAGAAGUCCUUCUCUCGUGGCAAAUACUUUAAGAAAGUUGAUAUUGGUAAGCAAGCUACACUACCCAACUCUUCUUUCCAAAGCAACACCACAGAGGACUGUAGUCUUGUUGAUAUUGUCAAGAGCUUAGCUGAUAUUGAAUCUAAAAUGGACAAAAAGAAGAGUAAUUCCAAACUCUCAAGAGGGAUUAAACCCAAACUAAAGAGAACUUGCUGCUUAAUCUCCAAGUUCAAGCCACUAGCACACUCAAAAUCUCGGUUUGCUCAGCCAUAAAUGUAUCACAACUCU